AUGUCUGCGAAAGGAGCAGGAACGAGGGGUUUUUAUUUCAACACUGUCUUGUCCCUGGCGCGCUCUUUGGCCGCACACCGCCCAGCGCCGAUAGAUAAGGUGAGUCUGAGCGAUGUUAUUAGCAUUGCCGUAAAGUGAGCGUACGCUAGCUAGUUAAGUUGUCUAUUAGAUUCGGUUAACAUUACAUUUAUACAUUAUCGCCACAGAACAAUAAAAAUGAGUUAUAAAAAUAAAAUAAAACGUAUCGCUAUGGCUAGAUUAAAGUGAUAUGCGAUGCUAUCGACACUUGUCUUGCUGCUAGCUAGUGACUCGUUUUCCAAGACCUUCACACAGCUGUUGUUGGACAAACAGCCAUUCAUUCCCAAGUAGAGGCCCUUAGUUAAUUGGCUUGUAAUUUCACACCGGAACACGACACCGCAACUACGCAGUUUUACAUACUGACAACCUAGUUUAAUAACUGCAACAUCACUUGCUAACUACGCGUUUAGCUGUCAGUCCUGUCGAUUAUAUAUGGCGGAUUGUCAUUCCAUCAGAAUGAGAAAGUUGGCAUACCCAUGAGCCAUUAGUUAGCGAGCUCUCAAACCUCAAAGGUAACGCCCCCAUUUAUUUGUCAAUGUAACCGGCACUGUGCUGCACGGCUGUAUCUAUGCGUUGUGUGUGAUUGAUUGGGACUAUAGAUGUGGACUUCGGAGAUCAGGCUGUUUUAAUGAAUCAGAAUUAUCUCUGCAUCCAAAAGAAAAUACAAAACAUUUGUAGAGUACAAAUAUGUUCUGCCCAUUGUCGCCUCUUUCUCUCAUUGUGCGUCAAUUAUUUAUAGAAUACAAAAAUGAGUACAACCUCUCCUUAUAAUUUAUCAACACAUACCAUACAUUUUACAUAGAUAAAACCACAUACCUGCAUCCAAAAGAAAAUACAAAACAUUUGUAGAGCACAUAUGUUCUGCCCAUUGUCGCCUCUUUCUACAACAUAGACGCACAAUACAAAGGACUGGAAUCAGUCGAGGAGCUAGCCAUCGUUCACACAUACAAUACCUUAGCUAGCUAGUAACCACAUGUUGAAUUCAGAAUGUUAAUAUCAUCCUGAAAAGUACAAUUACAAUUGUAUCUUAACAAUACCAUCCACUCAUGAGUAAACUCUAAAUAUACAACAUUAUUCAUGAACAAAACACUGUGUGUACGACUUUGUGCUAGAAGGAAUCUAACUUUUCUAAAGACGACAGAAAAAGCGUGCCUACCUCUCAUAGUGCAUAAACAUUAUUUGAGCACGAGCACUUAGGGCAAAACGUAAGUACACACUAUCUUAUUCCCAGGAUGCAGGCAUGCAUAAUAACAAAUCAACAUGCUAUAUUAAUAUAUGAACAUGGUGAAAUUCACAAAGUACUUUAACAACUGUUACAUCAACAAUGGUCAUUGAUUGGUCACAAUUUACUUGACUGUUCUGUAUUCUUUAUUUCAACCAUAUGGUCUAUGAUUUCAACAGACAUAGUUUGCUAAUUUGCCUUAUCACAUUACAUCAUGUUGAUUCAGGCGUUGGCAGGAAAGCUGUAUGGGAGGAACUGUCAGCCAAACUUUAGGCAAAAACUGGAAGUCAUCAAUGAUGUUGCUCUGAACGGUCUCUCUGUUUUAAAUUGUGUGCAAACACACGCAUACAUAUAUAUGUAUGUAUACAGUAUAUAUUUUCUACAUUGUAGAAUAAUAGUGAAGACAUCAAAACUAUGAAAUAACACAUAUAGAAUAAUGUAGUAACCAAAAACAAAUCAAAAUAUAUUUUAUAUUUGAGUUUCUUCAAAUAGCCACCCUUUGCCUUGAUGACAGCUUUGCACACUCUUGGCAUUCUCUCAACCAGCUUCACCAGGAACGCUUUUCCAACAGUCUUGAAGGAGUUCCCACAUAUGCUGAGCACUUGUUGGCUGCUUUUCCUUCACUCUGCGGUCCGACUCAUCCCAAACCAUCUCAAUUUUCAUCAAGGCAAAUGGUGGAUACUUUGAAGAAUCUAAAAUAUAUUGAUUUGUUUAACACUUUUUUGGUUACUACAUGAUUCUAUAUGUGUUAUUUCAUAGUUUUGAUGUCUUCACUAUUAUUCUACAAUGUAAAAAAUUGUACAAAUGAAGAAAAACCAUUGAAUGAGUAGGUGUGUCCAAACUUUUGACUGGUACUAUAUAUAUAUAUAUAUAUAUAUAUACACAGUGGGGGGGGGGAAAAGUAUUUAGUCAGCCACCAGUUGUGCAAGUUCUCCCACUUAAAAAGAUGAGAGAGGCCUGUAAUUUUCAUCAUAUGUACACGUCAACUAUGACAGACAAAAUGAGGAAAGAAAAUCACAUUGUAGGAUUUUUUAUGAAUUUAUUAGCAAAUUAUGGUGGAAAAUAAGUAUUUGGUCAAUAACAAAAGUUUCUCAAUACUUUGUUAUAUACCCUUUGUUGGCAAUGACACAGGUCAAACGUUUUCUGUAAGUCUUCACAAGGUUUUCACACACUGUUGCUGGUAUUUUGGCCCAUUCCUCCAUGCAGAUCUCCUCUAGAGCAGUGAUGUUUUGGGGCUGUCGCUGGGCAACACAGACUUUCAACUCCCUCCAAAGAUUUUCUAUGGGGUUGAGAUCUGGAGACUGGCUAGGCCACUCCAGGACCUUGAAAUGCUUCUUACAAAGCCACUCCUUCGUUGCCCGGGCGGUGUGUUUGGGAUCAUUGUCAUGCUGAAAGACCCAGCCGCGUUUCAUCUUCAAUGCCCUUGCUGAUGGAAGGAGGUUUUCACUCAAAAUCUCACGAUACAUGGCCCCAUUCAUUCUUUCCUUUACACGGAUCAGUCGUCCUGGUCCCUUUGCAGAAAAACAGCCCCAAAGCAUGAUGUUUCCACCCCCAUGCUUCACAGUAGGUAUGGUGUUCUUUGGAUGCAACUCAGCAUUCUUUGUCCUCCAAACACGACGAGUUGAGUUUUUACCAAAAAGUUCUAUUUUGGUUUCAUCUGACCAUAUGACAUUCUCCCAAUCCUCUUCUGGAUCAUCCAAAUGCACUCUAGCAAAUUUCAGACGGGCCUUGACAUGUACUGGCUUAAGCAGGGGGACACGUCUGGCACUGCAGGAUUUGAGUCCCUGGUGGCGUAGUGUGUUACUGAUGGUAGGCUUUGUUACUUUGGUCCCAGCUCUCUGCAGGUCAUUCACUAGGUCCCCCCGUGUGGUUCUGGGAUUUUUUCUCACCGUUCUUGUGAUCAUUUUGACCCCACGGGGUGAGAUCUUGCGUGUAGCCCCAGAUCGAGGGAGAUUAUCAGUGGUCUUGUAUGUCUUCCAUUUCCUAAUAAUUGCUCCCACAGUUGAUUUCUUCAAACCAAGCUGCUUACCUAUUGCAGAUUUAGUCUUCCCAGCCUGGUGCAGGUCUACAAUUUUUUUCUGGUGUCCUUUGACCGCUCUUUGGUCUUGGCCAUAGAGGAGUUUGGAGUGUGACUGUUUGAGGUUGUGGACAGGUGUCUUUUAUACUGAUAACAAGUUCAAACAGGAGCCAUUAAUACAGGUCACGAGUGGAGGACAGAGGAGCCUCUUAAAGAAGAAGUUACAGGUCUGUGAGAGCCAGAAAUCUUGCUUGUUUGUAGGUGACCAAAUACUUAUUUUCCACCAUAAUUCGCAAAUAAAUUCAUUAAAAAUCCAAAUUCAAAAUUCAAUUUGUCUGUCAUAGUUGACGUGUACCUAUGAUGAAAAUUACAGGCCUCUCUCAUCUUUUUAAGUGGGAGAACUUGCACAAUUGGUGGCUGACUAAAUACUUUUUUUCCCCACUGUGUGUAUAUAUAUAUAUAUACACACACACACUACCAUUCAAAAGUUUGGGGUCAAUUAGAAAAAAAAUGGUCCAUUUUAAAAUAACAUCAAAUUGAUCAAAAAUACAAUGUAGACAUUGUUAAUGUUGUAAAUGGCUGUUGUAGCUGGAAACGGCUGAUUUAUUUUAUGGAAUAUCUACAGAGGCCUGUUAUCAGCAACCAUCAGUCCUGUGUUCCAAUGGCACGUUGUGUUUGCUAAUCCAAGUUUAUCAUUUUAAAAGGCUAAUUGAUCAUUAGAAAACACAUUUGCAAUUAUUUUAGCACAGCUGAAAACUGUUGUGCUGAUUUAAAGAAGCAAUAAAACUGGCCUUCUUGAGACUAGUUGAGUAUCUGGAGCAUCAGCAAUUGUGGGUUCGAUUACAGGCUCAAAAUGUCCAGAAACAAAUAACAUUCUUCUCAAACUCGUCAGUCUAUUCUUGUUCUGAGAAAUGAAGGCUAUUCCAUGCGAGAAAUUGCCAAGAAACUGAAGAUCUUGUACAACACUGUGUACUACUCCCUUCACAGAACAGCGUAAACUGGCUCUAACCAGAAUAGAAAGAGGAGUGGGAGGCCCCGGUGCACAACUGAACAAGAGGACAAAUACAUUAGAGUGUCUAGUUUGAGAAACAGACGCCUCACAGGUCCUCAACUGGCAGCUUCAUUAAAUAGUAAAACACCAGUCUCAACAUCAACAGUGAAGAGGUGACUCCGGGAUGCUAACCUUAUUGGCGGAGUUGCAAAGAAAAAGCCAUAUCUCAGACUGGCCAAUGAAAAGAAAAGAUUAAGAUGGGCAGAAGAACACAGACACUGGACAGAGGAAGAUUGGAAAAAAGUGUUAUGGACAGACAAAUCGAAGUUUGAGGUGUUCGGAUCACAAAGAAGAACAUUUGUGAGACGCAGACCAAAUGAAAAGAUGCUGGAGGAGUGCUUGAUGCCAUCUGUCAAGCAUGGUAGAGGCAAUGUGAUGGUCUGGGGGUGCUUUGGUGGUGGUAAAGUGGGAGAUUUGUACAGGGUAAAAGGGAUCUUGAAGAAGGAAGGCUAUCACUCCAUUUUGCAACGCCAUGCCAUACCCUGUGGACAGCGCUUGAUUGGAGCCAAUUUCCUCCUACAACAGGACAAUGACCCAAAGCACAGCUCCAAACUAUGCAAUAACUAUUUAGGGAAGAAGCAGUCAGCUGGUGUUCUGUCUAUAAUGGAGUGGCCAGCACAGUCACCGGAUCUCAACCCUGUUGAGCUGUUGUGUGAGCAGCUUGACCGUAUGGUACGUAAGAAGUGCCCAUCAAGCCAAUCGAACUUGUGGGAGGUGCUUCAUGAAGCAUGGGGUGAAAUCUCUUCAGAUUACCUCAACAAAUUGACAACUAGAAUGCCAAAGUUCUGCAAGGCUGUAAUUGCUGCAAAUGGAGGAUUCUAUGACCACAUUUCCUAUUAAUUUAGCUACAUUUCCUAUUCAAACUCAUUUCAUGUAUGUUUUCAUGGAAAACAAGGACAUUUCUAAGUGACCCCAAACUUUUGAACAAUAGUAGUGUAUAUGUAUGUAUAUGUGUGUGUAUGUAUGUUUGCACAGUUUUACACAAACAUCCAGAGUGGUAUGAUAAAACCAUAGAGAUCCUAUUAAAUUACCUUGCUAUUGUAACCAUGGCAAGUGCACUAGUCUAACUCCUGUGCCCUAAAGGUCCAGAAUUAUGGGUAGAAAACUUUGUACACUUAUAUACACAGAGGUUAGAAUGGUAUAUUCUAUGUGUGACUGAGUGGGAUUUUAGCACUGGGUUUGUGUCUCUCUCUCUACUGUGGUGGUGAGUUGACAUUUGGCUGUAAUCCUCCUCACUGAGCUUAAAGGCUGAUCCUCGUUAGCUAAGCUAAUUAAUGCUAAGGGCCAGUUGUGUUUGGCUCCUCGCCUGGAGUGGAGUCAAGCUGUCAAUGCCGUGGUUACUAAGGGGUAUAGGAUUCUCUGUGUUGUUUUUCCUGAAGGCCAUGGAAUCCAGGGAUAGUUUACUAUCUUUAUAUGUAAAGCUGGAGCAGAGGCCAGCAGUUAGCCUACCGUGGAUGUCAGUUUGCCCUGGUAGAAGUCAACCUAACUGCUAAUACAGGGAAAUAUAUUUGUGAAGGUUAGGACUGAUGGUUUGAUUAGUCAGCCACAAGCCACUUGUUUGCUGUUUAUUCUCUGUUUUCAGGUCCAGAAGCUCCAAUGCAUGUGUCCAAUGGACUUCCGAGGGGUGUUCCAGCUGGAUGAGAGGAGGAGGGAUGCGGUCCUAGCUCUGGGCAUCUUCCUGGUCGAGUCUGACCUACAGGUACAUUCAACUGGAGCAGCGAGGCCUACUCUCUGACGCUGUUAAGGGUUGCAUUUAUAUAAUGCUUUUUACGGGACAGAUGUUCCCUGACCUCAGGACCAAUAAUUGGCUCCCAUCCAUGGCACCUUGUGUGCUCCCCUUAGCUGUUUAAUGGCUUUUGUGCGAGUGGUUUGUGAAUUAUGUUUUUAUUGUAGCACAAAGAAUCUAUCGUCCCCUACCUGCUGGGCCUGCUGAAGGGACUUCCCAGAGUCCAAUGGAUCGAAGAAAGCUCUGGAAGCAAAGGGCGGGGUAAGGAAGGAGAUGCCAGCAUUUGUCUGUCUUACACCAGUCAAUAUGAUGUCUAAUUCCGGCUCUCUGACUGGGUGAUGAUCUUUCUUCUUGUCCUACAGAUAUCCUUCCGGUGGCAGAGAACUUCUGUUUCUGUAUGGGCACUCUUCUCUCAGACGUGGCCCAGCGAGAUGACACCCUGCGAGGACAGAUCCUGGAGGCCAUCAUGGACAUAAUGAAGGUCCUGCUGGACAUCUGCUUGAACCCAGAGGGCCAUGAUAAAGGUACCAGCAUGCUCUCUGUUCCACCAUUUCAUGUUCACCAGUGUUUCAUGAAAAUUGUAGUUCCUGGUUAGUUAUCUAGUUGUUGUCUCUUGUUUUCCUCACAAACUUUGUGAUACAAGUAGGCGGAGACAGAAUGACAAUGAAAAGGGCAGCCUUUCACCUGUCUCUCUCUCUUUGUUCCCUCCCUCCCUCCCCUAGAAUACCUGUGCAGGUACACUGUGCCCUGCCUGUUGGGCGUGGCCCGGGCCUUUGGUCGCUAUAGCAACACGGAGGAGCCCCUGCUGUCCAAGCUGUUUCCGCGGGCAGGAGCACCACCAGUGUCCACUGUCGAGGAUGUCGACCCGUCACGACGGCGCUCCUUCAACGACUUCCGCUCCAUCAUGCCGGCCUCGCUGCUCACAGUCUGUCAGGGAGACACUGUCAGACGCAAAGAAAGCUCAGUGUCCAGCAUAUCACAACAAGUACUAUCACUAUACUAGACUAGACCCGUGGUUCCCAACUCCAGUCCUCCGGUAACCCUAACAGCACACAUUUCUGUUGUAGCCCCGGACAAUCAGGUGUGCUUAUCCAGGACUACAACAAAAAUGGUGUACUGUUGGGGGUACUGGAGGACUGGAGUUGGGAAGCACUGUACUAUACCACUACUACUACUACUACUGCUACACCAUAGUACUAACAUUCAUUCUCAUCGGGUAUCUGGAAGACACCAUAAGACACAAGGACUCCUCUGUUACUAUUGCUAUAUCACUACAGAGAAAACAACUGUACUACCAUAGCCGGCCACUAGAGGGCAAAGGAAGCUUGUAUUUGAAAUGUCUGAAAAUGGGAUGUUCCUCUGUCUGUAGGCCAGUCCAGAGAGAGCAGGACUGACCCCCAGCUCCCCAGCUGACCCCUCAGCACAGUACUAUGAAGGUAGGAAUAUAUUAGACAGGCAAUAUAUUUCUGAAGUGGGCUCCCGAGUGGCGCAGCGGUCUAAGGCACUGCAUCUCAGUGCUUGAGGCGUCACAACAGACCCCUUGGUUCGAUUCCAGGCUGUAUCACAACAGGCCGUGAUUGGGAGUCCCAUAGGGUGGCGCACAAUUGGCCCAGCGUCGUCCGGGUUUGGCCGGUGUAGGCCGUCAUUAUAAAUAAGAAUUUGUUCUUAACUGACUUGCCUAGUUAAAUAAAUAAAAAUACUAAGUAGCCUGUGUCUCACUUUUUUUGACUGGUACCUUUCUCACUCUCCCUCUCCUCCUCCUUCUUUCUCUCUCCAGGCUCCUAUCUCCCUGAUGGUAGUGCUGUGGACCCAGACUAUUACUUUUCCACCAUCAGUUCUAGUUUCUCUGUGUCUCCUCUGUUUACGGGUAGUGCUCAGGGAGAGUUUGACGUCCCUCUGGACAUUCUGCGCCAGCUCCUCAACAUGGUCAGUAUGUAGAAUCAGAAUUAACAGAACUAUAGAAUUAGAAUGGGUAGAACAUCGUUUUUCAGAAUUCCUUUCUGAGUGUUCUGUUUGUCUUUUGCAGGUUGAGCAGUUUGUCUCUGAAUCCUUUCUGAAAACACUGGAUGACACCCUGCAGGAACUUCUGGAGGUUCAUCUUCCCUAUAUUUUAAUUAAAGCGCUUUCCUGUGUAGUCAAGUUAAUGUUACAUCAUGUUGGUUGUGUUCUCUCCCUCUAGUUGAACCCAGGUAUGCACCUGUACUACAGGACAUUCAGUGAUCCUCUGUAUGUGGCCAUCUUCAAGAUGCUGAGAGACACGUUGUACAACCUGAAAGGUAACAAAUCCACUGGUCUCUCACUUUAACCUACAGAAUAUACAGAAACCCUCUGCUACGAUCUGAUUGUUCUGAAGCAGUUCAGCAGACAGUUUAUUACAUGCGUUUAUUACUGUUCUACUAACAUGUUAUUGAUGUUGGUGUGAUGGUAUUCCCAGACCUGCAGACGGGCUAUGUGAAAGAGGUUCAUGACUUUGUGCUGGAGCAGUUCAGUAGCAGCCAGUCAGAGCUGCAGAGGAUCCUACAUGACGUAGAGUACCUCCACAGUGAGCUGAGUCCUCUGAAGCUACGCUGCCAAGCUAACGCUGCCUGUGUCGACCUCAUGGUCUGGGCUGUCACUGAGGAGCAGGGUACGAGUGUGUGUGUGUUCAUACGUGCGCGCUAGUGUGUGUGUGUACUAUCCAUCCGUGCGCAUGUGUUGAAAAACUUUGGGUCGUUAAUUUGGAAUGAAUUGGCCAUGUGUUGAAAAACAUUGGGUCAUUAAUUUGAAUUUAACACCAAACUAACUGUUGUUCAUGUGUUUUGCGUUGAUCAGGAGCUGAGAACCUGUGUACCAAGCUGUCAGAGAAACUGCAGUCGAAGACGUCCAGUAAAGUCAUCAUCGCUCACAUUCCCCUGCUCAUCUGCUGUCUCCAGGUAUUGCCUGUAAUAUGUCUUCUGUUCCUGUCUUUAUCUGUCUUCACAAUACUGUUUUGAUAAGAGUGCCAUAAAACGAGUAUUCUCAUACCUAAUCACAUUUUCCCUGUCUGUGUCUAUGAAGGGUCUGGGUCGUCUGUGUGAGCGGUUCCCGGUGGUGGCCCACUCUGUCACCACGUCUCUCAGAGACUUCCUGGUGGUCCCCUCUCCUGUCCUGGUCAAGCUGUACAAAUACCACAGCCAGAACACCACAGGGACUGGAGAGAUCAAGAUCCACGUGACCAACGAGCACUCCCAGUCUACGUUCAGUGCUCACGCUAAUAAGAAGUGCCUGCCCUCCAUGUACGAACAGCUCCGUGACAUCUCCAUUGACAACAUCUGCAGGUGAGGAAAGACAAAGUACUGUGUGUGAAAAGGAGAGAAAUAUGAGCAGUGUUUUCUCCUUUCAUUCAUCGCGGUAACCAGGUAUGCUAUCUCUUUUCUCCUCCCUCUCUCUGCUACUCUCAGGUGUCUGAAGGCAGGUCUGACUAUGGACAGUGUUAUAGUGGAGGCUUUCCUGGCCAGCCUGUCCAACCGUCUCUACAUCUCUCAGGAGAAUGACAAGUAAGUAUUAUUUCAUACCCCUCCAAUAUUACCAAUUAGUGUACUUUACUUAUUAACAGGCUGGAUUACCUCUGAGCUGCUGUCAAUGUUAGCUAGUGAAACCUCAGGUGACCUCGCUAGCUAGAAAGACUCUCCUGCAGUGAUUGACAGCAGCUCUGACCAAUCCCCAGGUCCAUGGCAAUGACUGGCAGCCCCUCUGACCAACCCACUGUCUCUCUCUCCCCCCCAGGGAGGCCCAUCUGAUCCCAGACCACACCAUCAGAGCGCUGGGUCACAUUGCGGUGGCUCUGAGGGACACUCCCCGCGUCAUGGAGCCCAUCCUGCAGAUCCUACAGCAGAAGUUCUGCCAGCCGCCGUCACAGCUAGACGUACUCAUUAUAGAUCAGCUGGGAUGCAUGGUCAUCACUGGGAACGUGAGUCACACUCACACUUGAUCCUGUAUACACAUGAUUUUUUUUCCACUCUCCCCUCAGCAAUACAUCCCUCAGUAAACUCUCUCCUCUCUCGCUCUCUCUCUGUCUCUCUCUCUCUCUCUCUCCUGUCAGUAAACUCACCCCCCUCUCGUCUCUCAGUAAACUCAUCCGUUUCUCUCUCCUCACAGCAAUAUAUCUACCAGGAGGUGUGGAACCUGUUCCAGCAGAUAAGUGUGAAGGCCUCCUCCAUGGUCUACUCCACCAAGGACUACAAGGACCAUGGAUACAGGUAUCCUUAGCCCCUACACCUUUACCCUUAACCCCUACUCCCUACCCAUAGCCAGCUCCACGACCUACUGUGUUCAUCUUGUGUGUUCCAGACACUGUUCCCUGGCUGUGAUCAAUGCGUUAGCUAACAUAGCAGCUAACCUGGCAGCAGAGCAGAUGGUAGAUGAGCUGCUGGUCAACCUACUGGAGCUGUUUGUCCAGCUGGGACUGGAGGGCAAGAGGGCCAGCGAGAGGGCCUCGGACAAGGGCCCUGCACUGAAGGUACACUCCAUUUACAGUAGCCAUUACUUACGAUAGACUGUAGGGUUCAGCGACAACAGGCUUUUGUUAUGGGCCCUACACACUUAAUUCAAACUACGCAAACGCAGCAUCGUUUUUGUACGUAGUUCUACGUACUUUUGUGCAGCUCAAAUUUGGAAACGGGCCGUAUACGACGCUCUGUCGUUUGCAUGAAGUGUGUAGCGGUCUUUUAGAGGUAGGCUUUUUUCUUGUUGACAUUGUUUAUUAUUAUUUGUAUUUGCAGGCGUCAAGCAGUGCUGGAAACCUUGGAGUACUCGUUCCUGUUAUUGCUGUGGUAUGUGGGUUGCCUCUAUACAUUUCCACUUUCAACAGUUUGUCCAGUAGUGCCUCUGUGCCCCGAGUGUCUACAGUACUCCGUAUAUAAUCUAUACACUUAGUACUAUACGCUUAGUAUUGAUCUAGAUCCCCUCUCCCUGUGUAGCUGACGAAGCGUCUGCCGCCCAUCAAGGAAGCAAAGCCUCGUCUGCAGAAGCUGUUCAGAGACUUCUGGCUCUACUCUGUGGUGAUGGGCUUCGCUGUUGAGGGAUCAGGUGGGUGUUUAAGAUUAUAUUAACAUUUACUACAAUAUUCCACCAGGAUUGGUAUACUAUAUAAAGUAUGGAAACAUUUUUGAAAUGGUGGGCUAAUACCCAUCUGAUGGAAAGAUAAAAGGGAAAGUGAGUUAUCAGUCAUCCUGCUAUGUAAAAGUCCAUAGGUAUAUGAAGGGUUUUGUGUGUUGUGUAGGUCUGUGGCCAGAAGAGUGGUAUGAGGGAGUGUGUGAGGUCGCCACCAAGUCUCCCCUCCUCACCUUCCCCAGUGGAGAACCCCUACGCUCUGAACUACAGUACAACUCUGCCCUGAAGAACGACACCGUCACAGCUGUACAGUACACAUGCAUGCGCACACAACACACACGCAUGUAGACAUACACACACAUGCUACUACAUACACACACACACACACACACAGCUAAUGUUCCCUGGUUGUGUGUAUUCAGGCGGAGCUGAAUGACCUGAGGAGCACCAUUAUAAACCUGCUAGAUCCUCCUCCUGAGGUGUCUGCACUCAUCAACAAACUAGACUUUGCCAUGUCUACCUACCUACUGUCUGUCUACAGGCUGGAGUACAUGAGGUAAGGAAAAGGAAACCACUUAGGACUAUUGAGAUUCACCCCUGCGUUUUGUGAUCUGUCUAGAGCAGGGCUCUCCAACCAUGUUCCUGGAGAGCUAUUGUCCUGCAGGUUUUUGCUCCAAACCCAGUUGUAACUAACCUGAUUCAGCUUAUCAAGCAGCUAGUUAUUAGGUGCGCUAGCUUAGGGUUUGAGCGAAAACCUACAGGACAGUAACUCUCCAGGAAUGGCGUUGGAGAGCCCUGGUCUAGAGUGUAGCAGGUUGUGGUUAGUCGGAGAAAUCUCUUAGUCAUUCAUAUCGGGCUCCUUUCCAAUCCUCUCUUCUCUCACCAGGAUGCUGCGUGCGCUGGACUCUGACCGCUUCCAGGUGAUGUUUCGCUACUUUGAGGACAGAGCCAUCCAGAAGGACAAGUCUGGUAAGCUGCAUUACAAACGUAUUAGACAGUUAUUACGCACGCAUUAGACAGUUAUUACGCACGCAUUAGACAGUUAUUACGCACGCAUUAGACAGUUAUUACGCACGCAUUAGACAGUUAUUACGCACGCAUUAGACAGUUAUUACGCACGCAUUAGACAGUUAUUACGCACGCAUUAGACAGUUAUUACGCACGCAUUAGACAGUUAUUACGCACGCAUUAGACAGUUAUUACGCACGCAUUAGACAGUUAUUACGCACGCAUUAGACAGUUAUUACGCACGCAUUAGACAGUUAUUACGCACGCAUUAGACAGUUAUUACGCACGCAUUAGACCGUUAUUACGCACGCAUUAGACCGUUAUUAUGCACGCAUUAGACCGUUAUUACGCACGCAUUAGACAGUUAUUACGCACGCAUUAGACUUAUUACACAUGUAUUAAGCGUUUAUUCCACAUGUUUUAGACAGUGAGAUAAUGUGUAUUUUUGUCUGUCCAGGUAUGAUGCUGUGUGUGAUAGCGGUGGGGGACAAGGUGUUUGAGGUCUUCCUACAGAUGAUGGCUGAGAAGGUAAAGGUCAUCGGAUAACAACAUUUAACACUAGUUAAGGAGUCAGACAAUGACUGUUUCAGGACCAUCAUAAGAUUAAAUCAAAACAGAGAAACUGGGUCUCUAGGAGAAGUCGAGAACAAACUACCUUCUGUGGAGCGUGUCCUCUACAAUGAUUGGCUGCCUCUGUUAUUCUCCCCAGCCGAAAACUAAAGCCCAUGAAGAGGAGUUGGAGCGCCACGCUCAGUUCCUAUUGGUCAACUUCAACCACGUCCACAAGAGGAUCCGUAGGGUGGCCGACAAAUACCUGUCAGGUCUGGCCGAAACCUUCCCCCACCUGUUGUGGAGUGGCCGUGUACUGAAAACCAUGCUGGACAUCCUGCAGACGCUCUCCCUUUCCCUCAGCGCAGUACGGACACGCACUCUCACACACUUGUUUUUCUCUGUGGUCCCUAUAAGGGCUUAGUAGACAAUGUAUUGUGUUAUGAUGUGUCGUGCACCUACCUUGUUUGCAGGACAUCCAUAAGGACCAGCCUUACUAUGACAUCCCGGAUACCCCCUACAGGAUCACUGUACCAGACACAUACGAGGCCAGAGAGGUAGGAAUGUGUGUGUGUGAUACGGUGUGUGUGUGUGUAUGUGUUUUCUAAAUGCUGGUUGAUGUUUCUCUGUGGUUGUAGAGCAUAGUGAAGGACUUUGCUGCUCGCUGUGGGGAGAUCCUGAAAGAGGCCAUGAAGUGGGCCCCCUCUGUCACCAAGUCACACCUGCAGGUGAGACACACACACACACACACCACAUUUCGUAAAGGAAAAGCAUAGACGGGUUGGUUGUUUAGCAACACAACCGUCGCGUGCGCAACUAUGUGGCAAAACAGACAGGGUUGACUUAGAUUGUUGACAACAUGUAAACUAUAUUUCUUCCAUGUUUAUUAAAAACAUAAAUAUAUUUGCACAAUGAGCACUUGUUGUCUCAAAUACAUCGUUACAGUUGUUGGUUAGCUAGCGAAUAUUAGCCAUUAUUAGCAUUGACAUGAAAUCAGUCAAAACACCUCAAAAUAAGACAUGGUAUCAAGAACAAACUGGCUGGUACAAGUCACUUACGAUUCCCCACAUGGCAGUUUCUUGUCAUUGUUGGUGGAUAUCUGGUCAUCCAGAAUCACAACAACUCACGGACUUCUUCCCCAUUGAAGCGUGCACAUAGUUUUCGUGAUGCUGUCAGUUAACCCAUCUAUAUGACAACGGAUUGCAGGUGUCCUGUCAAAAUAGCUUCUAGAUGGCCUUUUGAGGGACUCAAGGUUUCAGAUUAAUCUUCUCUUAUCCCUUGUUUUGGAUGUUUUCUCCCUGAUUUCCAGGAGUACCUGAACAAGCAUCAGAACUGGGUGUCAGGUCUGUCCCAGCACACUGGCCUGGCCAUGGCUACAGAGAGCAUCCUGCACUUCGCUGGCUACAACAGACAGAGCACUACGCUAGGGGUGAGGAGACAGACACACACACACACACACACGCGCAAUCACUCACACACUAACCAAGUUCCGUCAUCCGCUCUAGAUCACACAGCUGACAGAAAGGCCAGCCUGUGUGAAGAAGGACUACUCCAACUUCAUGGCUUCACUCAACCUGAGAAACCGCUAUGCUGGAGAGGUACAGAGAGACACUGCGACAGUUCUAGAUAGGACUCCCUCUAUGCUGGGGAGGUACAGAGAGACACUGCGACAGUUCUAGAUAGGACUCCACUCACUUCUCCUUUAUACACUUUAUCAUAGUUCUCCUUCUUAUUCAACAGAACAAUGUUGUCCCAAGUGGUUCACAUCAGCGUGUGGUGUGUGUGUGUGUGUUUGCUGAUGCGUGUGUGUGUGUUUUCUCCCUCCAGGUGGCAGGUAUGAUCCAUUUCAGUGAGGCGGUGCGUAGCCAGUCAGACCUGUCCAGGCUGAUGGUCAGACAGACGACAGAAGCUUUAGAUGCCCAGAACCCUGAGGCCUUCACUGAGAACAUGUUCAAAUUGGCUGCACUGCUCAUCAGCACUAAAGGUGUGUGUGUGCUGAAAAGUUAAGAUUUUGAUUUGGAAUAGAAUAAAUGCAGCAAAUAGCCCAUUGUUGGGAUGCAUCUUUUCAUGUACAGUGGGUAUAAUAAGUAUUCACCCCCUUUGGAUUUUGUUCCGUUACUAAGUGGGAUUUAAAUGCAUUUAAUUGUGAUUUUUUAUUGAUCUACACAAAAUGCUCGAUAAUGUCAGUGAAAAUAAAAUUCUACACAUUUUUUAAAAAUGUAUACAAAUUAAAUAACUGAAAUAUAUAUAUAUAUAUAUGUAUAAUAUAUAUAUAAUAUAUAUAUAUAUAUUAGUCGUUGCAUAAGUAUUCACCCCCUUUGUUUAGGCAAUCCUAAAUUAGUUCAGGAGUAAAAUUUGGCUAAACAAAUCAGAUAAGUUACUCACUGUGUGAAAUAAUAGGGGUUGCCAUGGUUUUUGAAUGACUACCCCUUUCUCUGUCCCCCAUACAUACAACAUCUGGAAGGUUCCUCAGUCAAGUAAUGCAUUUCAAACUAAGAUUCAACUACAAAGACCAGGGAGCUUUUUGAAAGCCUCAUAAAGAAGGUCAGUGAUUGGUAGAUGGGUAACAAUAACAAAUCAGACAUUGAAUAUCUCUUUAAGCAUGGUCAAGUUAAUAAUUAUGCUGUGGAUGAUGUAUUAAACCACCCAGACACAUCAAAGAUGCAGUCGUCCUUCUGAACUGAGCUGCAGCACAGGAAGGAAACUGCUCAGGGAUGUCACCUGAGGCCAUUGGUGAUUUUAAAACAGCUACAGAGUUCAAUGGCUGUGAUGGGAGAAAACUGAGGAUUGAUCAAGAACAUUGUAUUGACUAUGGGUAAGCUUGACAUCGGCAAAGACUGGGGAGUUUUUCUGGAUAAAAACUGGAGCUAAGCACAGGCAAAAUCCUAGAAGAAAACCUGCUUUAAACCAGACACUAUCAGAAGAAUUCACCUUUCAACACAAGGCCAAAUCUACACUGGAGUUGCUUACCAAGAAGACAGUGAGUGUUCCUGAGUGGCCUAGUUACAGUUUUGACAUAAAUCUGCUUGAAAAUCUAUGUCUAGCCAUGAUCCCCAAGAAUCUGACAGCGCUUGAAGAAUUCUGAAAGGAAUAAUGGAGAAAUAUUGCACAAUCCAGGUGUGCAAGGCUCUUAGACUUACCAAAGAAGACUCACAGCUGUAAUCACUGCCAAAAAUGUUUCUAACGUGUAAUGACUUAGGGCGGUCAAUACUUAUCUAAUCAAGGUAUAUUAGUGUUUUAUUUGUUCAUUAAUCUUUUAUUUUUUUUAAUUUUUCACUUUGACAUUACAGAAUAUUCUGUGUAGAUCGUUGACAAAAAAUGACAAUUCAAUCCAUUUUAAUCCCACUUUGUAACACAAUAAAAUGUGAAGAAAUCCAAGGGGUUGAAUAUUUAUGAUAGACACUGUAUAUAUUCCUUUGUCCAAGGAUGGCAAAUUCAGCCAAAGUCCCCUGUCACCUGUUCUACUGAAGUCUUCCCUGUGUUGUAGCUCUCUGUCACCUGUUCUACUGAAGUCUUCCCUGUGUUGUAGCUCUCUGUCACCUGUUAUACUGAAGUCUUCCCUGUGUUGUAGCUCUCUGUCACCUGUUAUACUGAAGUCUUCCCUGUGUUGUAGCUCUCUGUCACCUGUUCUACUGAAGUCUUCCCUGUGUUGUAGCUCUCUGUCACCUGUUAUACUGAAGUCUUCCCUGUGUUGUAGCUCUCUGUCACCUGUUAUACUGAAGUCUUCCCUGUGUUGUAGCUCUCUGUCACCUGUUAUACUGAAGUCUUCCCUGUGUUGUAGCUCUCUGUCACCUGUUCUACUGAAGUCUUCCCUGUGUUGUAGCUCUGUCACCUGUUAUACUGAAGUCUUCCCUGUGUUGUAGCUCUGUCACCUGUUAUACUGAAGUCUUCCCUGUGUUGUAGCUCUCUGUCACCUGUUAUGCUGAAGUCUUCCUUGUGUUCUCUCUCUGUGUGUGUAGAAUGUGAUCCUCAGCUGCUGCACCACCUGUGUUGGUCUCCUCUGAAGAUGUUUACAGAACACGGCAUGGAGACGGCUAUUGCUUGCUGGGAGUGGCUGCUGGCUGCUCGCACUGGAGUAGAGGUCCCGGUAAGCAUCUUGGAGACAUCUAUUGUUGGAGUUCAAGUACCAUUGUGUAUUUGCGUGGGACUGGCAUUCAAACCCACACUGACAUGGGCAUCUCUCUCUCUCUCUCUCUCUCUCCCUCCCCUCCCCUCCCCUCCCCUCCCCUCCCCUCCCCUCCCCUCUCUCUCUCUCUCUCUCUCUCUCUCUCCCCUCCCCACUCUCUCUCUGUAGUUCAUGCGUGAGAUGGCGGGAGCGUGGCAGAUGACAGUGGAGCUGAAGAUGGGCUUGUUCUCUGAUGCUCAGGUGGAGGCUGAUCCCCUAGCAGCCUCGGAGGAGAGUCAGCCUGUCCCCUGUCCCCCCGCCGUCACACCUCACUGCAUUUGGAUAGAGGUGUGUGUGUGUCUUGUCUCUGGCUGCAUUAGUUCAUUUUGUUUUGGUUAAAAUACUAGAGUAAGAGGACUUCACUGCAUAAACAGCCUUAUGUGUGAUUUCCCUCUACCUCUAUCUACCUCUACCUCUCUCUAUCUCUCUACCUCUCUCUCUCCAGUUCUUGGUUCAGAGGUUUGAAAUAGCUAAGUAUUCCAGUGAAGACCAGGUGGAGAUAUUCGGCAGCCUAUUACAACGCUCGCUCUCCCUCAACGUGGGCGGAGCCAAGAGCAGCCUUAACCGCCACGUAGCCGCCAUCGGACCCCGCUUCAGGUCCACACACAAACACACACACACACACACUAGAUCCAGUUUCUGAUCCAGAGCAAAUUAACCAAUCAUUGUGUGGUGUGUGGGUUUGUAGGCUGCUUACUCUGGGUCUAGCUCUGCUCCAUUCUGACGUAGUCACCAACGUCACCAUCAGAAAUGUCCUCAGAGAGAAGAUCUACUCCACCGCCUUUGACUACUUCAGGUACACACACACACACACUGUAAGAGAAGUUCUACUCCACAGUCCUUCAGUACUUCCGACUCACUACUAACAUGGGAGAUAACUUUCCCUCUCUAAAUCGGCAUCUUUUUAAAUCAUUUGAUCCUCUCUCUCUCCCUCCUCUCCCUCUAUCUCCCCCACUUCCCCUCCCCCCUCUAGCACCCCUCCUAAGUUCCCUACCCAGGGGGACAAGCGUCUGCGUGAGGACAUCAGCUUCACGAUCCGUUUCUACGCCAGCAUCCUGUCGGACAAGAAGUACCUGGCGGCAUGCCAGCUGGUUCCUCCCGGUGAGCUAGGCGCCGUGCCCACCCCCAGCACCCUCUCUGCCGGGAUAUUCGGAUCGCUAAUUGUGUCCAGCACUUCUCCGAUAUCGAUGCUAAGUAAGCCUACAGCGGUGGGGGCUGGCUGAUUGAACAACCGCACUACAGGAGCAUGUUUUUACACAGGUCAAAUCUGAUGCCUGAUCAGGCUCUCGCUACGCUGCUGAUAGAUCGAUAUAUCUGCAUAGUCUGUAGAAUCUCUCUCUGUAUCUAUCUAUUUCUUUCUCUCUUUCUUUCUGUCUUUCUCGUUCUCUCUCUCUAUUUAUUUAUCUUUCUUUCUCUCUCUUGCUCUCUGUAUCGGCUAGUUUCAUUUCUCGGCUCCUGUUUCCCGUCUAACUCUCUCUCUGAUGUCUCUACUCUCUCUCAUCAAAGGAACAACUCUGUAUUAUUUAGUUCGCGUCCUCUCCUGUGUCUGAAUGAUCUAACUCUCUCUCAUCUCUCAUGGCAUACUCUCGUGCUCUCUCUCUCUCCUGGGCGUGUGUUUAGUUACUCUCUCCUCUCUCUGGUGUCCUGUCUCUCCUCAUCUGUCUACUCUCUCCUCUCUGUCUCUCUCUCUCUCUAUGUCUCUAGUUACUCAAUCCUCUCUCAUCUGGCUCAUCUUCUCUCUGUCUCAUCUCUCUCCUCUGUCUCUGUCUGUCAAUCUCAUCUGUGUCUCUCUCAUCUCUAAAGUCCAUGGCGCUGUCUCUGCUCUCUCUGUCCCUCUCUCUCUCUGUCUCUCUCUACUCUCAUUUACUUGUACUCUCUCGCGAAGUUCUCUGUCCUCUCUCUACUCUGUUUCUCUGUCCUCUCAGUCUCUCUGUGUCUGUGUGUCACCGUCUCUCUCUCUGCUGGGGUCCUGUGUGAGUCAUCUCUAACUCUCUCUUGGAUAUACAAUGUGUGUACUCUUGCUCUCAUCUAACUAGUUAGUUAACUUAAGGUAGUAGUGAGGUCUGCUGGGCAUCAAAAAAUCAAGAACAAAAAAGAAAAGGGUCGUGUGAUAAAGAAUAGAAAUCUAGAUGUGUCUCUACAUCUCUCUCUGUGUCGGGUGUUGUGAUUCGGUGCUCUAGCUCAAUCUGUGUCCUGUGUGUCUCUCAUACAUCUCAUCGAUCUGUAGAAAAUACAUUCUGUGUCUCGUGUACAUCGUGUCUGCUGGGUGUCAUACUCUGUCCUCUCGUCUCUCUACUACUCUCUCGCUCCAAAAAUCUCUCUCCUCUCUCGCUCAUCUCUCAUCUCUCUCUCUAGUUGUCUCAUGUCUCUCUCUCUGUGUCGUCUACUACAAAUCUCUAAACUUGUGAUCCUGCAGUAUCUCAUCAUGCUCAUCGGAUCUGUGGCCUCGUGUCCGUCAUAAGACUCUCUCUCUCCCGAAAGAAUAAGACUGUGUGUCUGAGCUGUCUCUCGCUCUGCGGGUCUCUGUGUCUCUCUCUCUCUCUGUGUCUCUCUCUCUCUCUGUGUCUCUGUCAUCAACUCUACUCCUCUUGUAGAGUCGGGUGAAAAAGGUCUGGGCUCUGACAAAUCAUACUAGCCUCUAACGUCAUACUCAAUCUCUCUCUGAGUGAACCCGGUGUCUCUCUCUCUCUCUCUUUGAUCAAUCUCUCUCACUCUCAUCUGUGUACAGAUACUGUCUCGCUUCGGCUCUGUGUGUCUCUCCUCUGGUGUGUCGGUCUCUCUCUCGGGGGGCUGUGUGCUCGGUCUCUUGCUCUCAUCUGUAUUGUCUCUCUCUCUCUCCUCUGUCAAAAAACCUCUCUCUCAAUCUGUGAUCUCUGUCUCUCAUCUCUCUGGUGUGGGUCCUCGAUGUCCUCCUCUCAAUCGUGUUCUCUCUCUAAACUCAUGUACGACUCUCUCUCUCUGUCUGUGUGUCUCGACUCAGUCUCUGUUACUUGUCGCGCGCUGUCUCUUUGCGCUCGUCCCUCCUCUCUCUGUGUCCUCUACUCACCCUCUGUGUCUCUCUCUCUCUGUGGUGUCCAUCUCGCUGUGUCUAAUUGUCUACUCUCUCUCUCAUGU